AAGUCGAGCUGCUCCGGCCGUAGGCGUUCAUUUACACUGGAGUCCCUAACUCUGUUUUGUCCUAUACCAGCACAAGUGCUGCGGUUUAUCGUAAACCCCUGAGUCGCUGGGCGCGUUGGUGGUGUCGAGCGCUUGCUUUGAGUGAAUAGCAGUGCAGUUCGUGGGUGUCGAGGUCGCAAUCGGUGCCGCUAUUUCGGCGUAUUUUUGCGAUUGAAACGCUAAACGUAAUCAGUGAUAGCUUGGAGAUACAAGAACGUCGAAGUUAGCUGCUAGCCAAAAAAUGAGUCCACUCUACAACACGGCUUCACAAUAAGGGCGGAUCCAUACGAUCGGGACGGAGAACACAGCUCGUUUAAACAAGACCAACUCAUUGUAUAAUGUCAUCGUCGUUUCGCUUAUCGCCAUUGCCACCAAAAGAGAGCUCCCCUGCCCUGGCAGACGCGAGCCAGGUGUUGGCCGCGGCUCUCAAAGAGAUGGAUAGCAUCAUUGCUUCUGCUGAAAUUGAUAAUACUCACGAAGCGUCUGACGCCUACAAUAAUUCUCUCGAAUCACUAGAAGCGCCGAGAAAGCAUAGAAACAACUAUGGAACCGCUAUGUACCGUUCGCUUGAGCGUCCGUCAAAAAGUCGUCCUCGCUCUCCAUAUGCGUCGCUCGAACCAGCUAAACCUGUGGUGCUUGAAUCACCUGUUUACAGAGAGUCGCCAGUCUCGACCGGGCGACUACUUCCAUCGUCUAUAACCUCGGACACUACAGGAACAGACAUGUCGGACCUGUCAGAACUUAUGACUCUCCGUAAUGAAAACAUUGACCUUAAAAAAGAGCUCUUUGAAAUGCAGCAAGCAUUGGCGAUGCAGCGCGCAGAAUCCGAAAGUCUUAGUCAAGAAUUGCAACGAAAGCGUGCUCAGCUAGAAGCCGCUGAAGAGCAGCUGGCAAUUGAGGUACGAAUGCGUAAGAAAAUCGAAUCUGAGCGGCUCCAGCUAAUGACAGAUGUGCCGGCAAUGAAACUUCAGCUGAUGCGUUCUGAAAAGGAGCGGGUGGAUUUGACAGCCCGACUCAAGAGCCUGCAGUCGGGCUUCCAACGAACGCUAAGCAACCUGACGGCGGCUGAUCUAUCAGGCGUUAGAAGUAGUACACCAACGCGGACUGGUCAUUCUAACGCAGAAAAACCUCCUCUACCAAGACCAAAUAUGAGCCCCGUCUUUUCAAACACAAUAGCCGCUAGUCCGUCAUCGCAACGAAAAGCGAACAAUGAACGCUUUCAGCGAUUCCCUCAAGCAAUGUAUAGUACUUUACCUAGAAACUACAAGCCGCCUACAAGCGUCAGCAAACAAGAAAAGAGUACCAAUGUGAGCUCAAAUGGAAGCAGCAGUGCGAACGUUAGCGACGCAUUUGAAGGUAACGGAGAGCUUCGGGCUCUUGAGGCACGAAGUACUUCCGCUCCAGAACUUAACAAUCCUGACCGAGCCAUUGGUAUCAAAGGAACAGUAAAUGGCUCAACUCUGAUGCAGCCAAUUAUCAGCCAUACGAGCGCACCGCGCAAGAUACUGAAACUUAUUGGAAAGCUUUCGAGAAGCAACUCGGCAUCAAACUCAUCAAUAGGCAGUUUCAAAAGAAACACGUCGACGAGGGCAACGGCAAUGCCACGGCUGUGCGGAUGGAAAUCAAAUGAACAUCUAAAGCGGCCACUUGUCAAAUGGGACAAAAAAUGCAUUGCAAGUUUCUUUCAGCAGUUAGAUUUAUAUGAUUUAUAUGAUAGUCAUCUAUUGGCAGUUCAUACCGGCGAAGCCCUUGUACAGUUAAUCAAGAGCGAUUCAUUUCAAUCGACCAUUAAACAUCCGUUACAUAAGCGAAAACUAUUGCUAGCUAUCGAGGUCUUUGUCCGAAACGAUUCACUACUAAAAAGCGCAAUCUGUCUAGACACAAAAUGGGCUUUGUCUUGGCUUGAUGACCUUGGGUUACCCCAGUACACCGAUGCCUUUCAGGAGGCUCAGGUAGACGGGCUGAUCUUAAAUAACAUGACGCUUGAAGACGCUGGCAUUCUAAAGAUAAAUUCGCAGUUAGGUCUUUUGAGUCUGAAAUGGGGUAUUUAUGUGUUGCGGUCAACGAAUUUCGAUCCUGGCUGCCUGAAGCGGCGGUCCGCUGAUACGAAAAGAAAGGAGACGAUAGAUGAGGUUUCUUUGUGGACAAAUCACAGACUAAUGGAAUGGCUUCGCGACAUUGAUCUAGCCGAGUAUGCGCCAAACCUUCGCGGAUCCGGUAUCCACGGGGCUCUGCUUGUAUACGAGGAUAGCUUGGGCGAAAAGCUACUGGCGGAGCUGCUAAAUAUUGCGCCAGCCAAGACGCUUCUACGGAAACAUUUGACGCAACAGCUAAAAAAUCUAUUAGGUGAUGCUAUUAUCCAGCGUAAACGUGCGGCCGAGGCGACUUCGACGGUUCCACUGUCCCCUUCCACGAAGAUUAAAUUCCCUAAAGGAACACUGGGACGCCGCUCGAAGAAGAAGUGCGAUCAGACGUUAGUUUGCCCAUAUGAUCUUGCAGGUUUUUUGCCAUCGAGCAGCGUUGACGCGAUGACAACCUCGAUGUCAACAGUAAUGACAUCAUCGACGCAUAGCAGCCUCUCGUCGAACUCAACACUGUGAGGAUAGAGCGUGUUGAACAGAUGACCGCAAGUGAACGCUGUUACGAGACAACACAAUGCUCGCAAUGCACAAUGCACAAUUUCGCCUAUCUUUAGUCACAUCUCGUAGAAAAUGUUGUGAGGUGUCUAAUCGCCUGUAAAAAUCUAUACGUGCACAUAUUACGCAGAUGUAUCGGAAAUUUAUGGCAACUAUAAUUAAAUGUGACAAAUAUCAAAAUUCAACAGAGAAAUGACACUACGUACGCAGAUGGCGCAUUUUUUUAGCUGGUAUCGCGCGGUACAUUUACUUACUUAUGAACAAAUAUACCUUGUGCUUACAUUGUAAAGCCAACGACUAUUUGACCAAGAGCAAUUUCCUGCGCCCAACUGCAAUUGUCAGUUCGGGGUAGUUCAAACAGGCAUAAACGAGCCUUAAUCAAAUGUAUUCUGAUAUUGUCCCUGAGAAUCGGGUGGCACAUGGAUGGAAAUGACGGAAGGUGAUGCAAUAAUCGGGAAACGAAUUGUGUAGAACGAAUCCAUGUAUUAAAUUUGUGCGAAAUGUGCAAACCGUUCGACUAAAUCAUUCUGUUUUCCAAGCUUCUUUAUUCGCUCACCCGUUGUUGGCGAAUUUUUUUCCCUAUUUUAGACUAGCAGCAAAGUUAUUCUAUACAACAAACUGGCACGUUGGCCUUAAACUUUCAAAAAAAGGAGCACACAGACUGACUAUGUAGAUAUACGCGAGAGUAUGUUUUGCCCUGUUCACACGGAAACAUACUGAAAAAGUAUAAAAAAGAAGAAUUAUUUCUACCUGAAUAUAUAUAUAUAUAUAUAUAUAUAUAUAUAUAUAUGUAACCAUCAUACUGAUUAAGUACAAUUAAGGAUAAUAAUAAUCACUAUUAUUAUCAUGAAGAAGCUAUACAGCGUGUCUAUAUACUGGAUAAACGGUAGCCAACGAUAAAGGAGAAUGCAGUUACGUUAAAUGACUGAUUGACCGAGUAAUUGUACUUGGCGAAAUAUUGUGAGCUGUAAAACGAGAAGGAAAAUCAAAAUAAGAAAGCCAAUAGAACAAUGGUUUUACACUGUUUAUCGUCUUAUUUGAAGUUAGACCUGUAACUGGAUAGAAACCAUGUCAUUCUCACGAAAGCUGUUAGUGUAUAAUCACAGAUGACUAAGACAUCGUUUUUGUGGGUAAACCAAUCAGGAACAUCUCUAUGAUGGAGAAUUUUUAAAACGACGAGAACAGUUAAAACAUAAAAUUUAGGAAAAAAAUAAUAAUUCAUAGCCAUAGUGUUGUUAAUACAUUUAAUGUGAUCUAUAGGUGAACACAAGUUAGAUAAAAAUAAAUAAGUAUCAACCGCUCAGAAGUUGAAAGUAUUCUCGUUUUUGUCUGUUCUAGUAUCUCUGUGUAUUUAGUUGAUUUGAGAAAGACAGUUUCACCUAAUUAUUGGAACUGGUUUUAAUGCAACUGAUUACGUAUAUCUAUUCACUCGAAAAUAUAGCUAAUUGUUAUCGAUGUGGCAUUGGGGACGUCAAUAGCAGUAUUCGCAAAACAGCUUCACCUGUUCAAAAGCCUC